UGCGGCUGCGCACACGUGGUGGAACGGCGGACGGAGGCAUCAUGGCUGUGUUUAUGGACCUGAACGUGUCGUUUCUCCCGGACAGGAGCGACCUGCGCAGCGUCGUGGAGACGGCGGCUCACCUCGGGUUCUCCACCAUCGCCCUCAACUACGUGUUUGAGCCCACAGCCAAGAAGAAACAGGAGAUCCCCACCCCGACUCCGAUCAACGAACUGAUCGAUCAGCUGCCUGUGGUGCAGGGUCGAUCUCGUCCAAUCAGAGUGCUGAACAGGCUGACGGUGGUGAUGUCAGACGCGAGUCACUUUAGGCCGAACGCUCCGGAGUACCGUCGCUUCGACCUGCUCGCUGUCCAGCCAACCUCAGAGAAACUUUUCCACGCAGCCUGCAUGGUUUAUGACAUCGACAUCAUCUGUGUGCCGAUGACGGAGAAACUUCCUUUCUUCUUCAAGAGAGCGCCGAUCAACGGGGCCAUAGACAGAGGUGUGGUGUUUGAGGUGUCGUACUCUGCCGCCAUCAGAGACUCCACCAUGAGGCGCUACACCAUCGCCAACGCCGUCAGUCUGAUGGAGAGCUGCAAGGGAAAGAGUGUGAUUCUGUCCAGUGCAGCUCAGAAGGCUCUCGAGCUCAGAGGACCGUAUGAUGUCACCAACCUGUAUCCUUCAUCAGUACUACUGCAGUACUACUGCGUGUGUUACUGCAGCAGUACUGCGUGUGUUACUGCGUGUGUUACUGCAGUACUACUGCGUGUGUUACUGCGUGUGGUGUUGUGUCCUGAUGCUCCUCCUCAGAGCUCUGCUGUUCGGUUUGUCAGACGGAGACGCCAAAGAAGCCGUCUCGUCCACCUGCAGAGCCGCUCUGCUGCACGCAGAAACCAGGAGGACAGCCAGCGGAAUCAUCUACACCACGAGGAGCCAGCAGGAGGCGCCACGGGGCUCAGCAGACGGUGAACCUCCAGCAGCCAAGAGAGCCAAACCAACGUGACCACGAGAACGACCGACAUCGGAGGAGGAGGGGACUGUCAGUUGUGUGGGGGGCGUGGCCAAUAGCGGUGGAGGGUGGGGCAAACAGUGGAGGAGGGCGGGCCAACUCCGGUUUCUUCUCCUGCCUUUUUUUUCCCAAAUUGUUGUUUGUUUUUUUUGUUUCUGCUGACAGUUUAAUAAACAGUUUGAA